AUGGCCGAUACGCCGCUGGAUAUCAGUACAUGGCGACGCCACUAUCACAAUGAAGAAGAACCGGUUUUUCUGGAGGAAAAACUACCGACCAAAAACCCGUUCCAACUCUUUGAUAUUUGGUUCAAAAACGUUGCCUCAAAGGCCGACCUGAUGUUCGAAGAGACGAAUGCUGUUUGUGUGUCUACCGUUUCAAAAGACGGUCAGCCUUCAUCGCGAAUGGUAUUGAUGAGAAGUUAUAGCCACGAUGGUUUUGUUUUUCAUAGCAACUACAAUAGUCGUAAGGGUCGGGAAUUAGCUGAAAACGGAAAGGUUGCUUUGUUAUUCUUUUGGUCACGUGUGCAUAGACAGGUACGAGUAGAAGGUAUUGCCGAACACUGGACUGACGCGGAAAACGAGGCUUAUUGGAAUUCCCGUCCAUUGGCUAACAGAAUCGGGACCAAAAGCAGCCAGCAAAGUACCGUCAUCGAAAGUCGUCAAGUGCUUCUUGAUAAGAAAGCGGAACUGGAGAAAUUAGCUGCAGAAGAGGGAGCUGACGCUAUUACAAGGCCUGAAUAUUGGGGUGGCUUCCUUGUCCGACCACAUACUUUCGAAUUUUGGCAAGGUCAAAGUGAUCGAGUGCACGAUCGUCUGUGCUUCACGCAAAAUCCAGAAGAUGCGAAGCCGGCUGAAGAUGGGUGGUAUUUGAAGCGCCUCUCGCCA